GAGAAUGCUGACCAAGUUUUUAAGAUUUUGAGCCGACUUCUAAAAAAAUUCUCACGUAUAUUCAAAAUAAAUACAACAAAAUCAAUAAUUACGUAAAAACUGCACUUUUUCAGUGUAUUCAUGCAUUUACGGAAAAGUCGAUGCGUCGAGCAACAACUGAUCGACUUAGUGUGAAUCGUGCUUUAUAGUGUCUACCUCCACUAUUCCUUUUAAAUAUUUGCAAUAAACAAAUAAGUGACAAGUUAUGAACGAUAUUUAUAAAAAAUAUGCGUGUUUUUAAUUAAACUCAAGUGAAACUGUUUUGUGAAAAAUAGCUGAUGUUUUUUCCCGAAGUGUAAUGGAAAUUACAUUUGUGAUAUUAAAGCAGAAAUGACUAGUUUGACUGCAGCUUUUGGCAAAAUUGAAGGGAGUGAAAAUAAUGUAGAACAAAUAAGCAAACUGUUUCCCAAGUGCAGACCAAGAAGCGAUAUAAAUCUAAAUUCUAUUAUCGCCUCGGGAAAAGAAAAUGUUUCUGUGGAUAAUGCAACAAGAAAAAACGAUAUCAUGAGUUUUAACGGCGAAAACGAUAGAAUAAUUGAAAUUGCUGGAGGUAGGGAAAUAUAUUCACAGAGUCGCAUCAAAGCAGCUAGAAAACCUAAAAAUAAUGUACAUUUAGUGGAGGAUGCUGAAAAAAAACUUCAAAAUAAAUCGCCUAUGAAACAAGGAGUGUGGGAAUUGCGAGGGCGAAGCAAUGAAGCCAAAAAAUGUAAAAAUUCCCGUGAAUACACGGAAACGGUGUUUGCUUCAGAGGUAUGGUCAGUAACUCAUGAAAAGGACGCUGAAGAUCAAUCCAAUAAUCAAACCAAUCCUGUUAACAUGGCUUUUCCAAGUGAAGUUGUUGUCUUUGAUGACAUUGGAGAAAACAUUCAUAUUGAUGAAAAACACCAUGAUGCUGAACAAAUUAAUUACACUUCUUCAAGUAUAGGAUUUAAUCUGAGUGAUACUGACAGUGAUAAAGUGACCAAAGUUAUCGGCAGUUUGCCUAUUGCUGUUUAUGAAGGUUCUCCAAGAAGAUACGGCCCUCGGUUGCUCGAUACAGGCGGUUCUCACAUGCAACUUCCUAGUGCUCAGAGUCUCCUGGCUUCCCCAAGCGUCUACUCGCCCAGACCAGGGUUUCCUCAGAGAGUCGUAACCACUCCUAGUCCAAGUGAAAAAGAAAGCCCUGAUGCAGAAAGUAUUUGCCAUAAUAAGAAUAAUUCAUCAUCACCCACCACCAACACAUCAACAUUUGAUUAUUUAUAUGAGUUCUCAGAGACCCGAAAAGUCCUUGAGGAGUUUUUUAAAUGCCCUCCACCUGAGGAAGAAACACGGUUAGAAACUGAAUUUCAGGAUUUAGAGUAUGAAUUAAGGCGACAGGCAAAUGAGUCGGGCAGCUCAUAUGUUGGAAAAAGGUUGGCUAAAGGUCGGUGUGUUGAACCUGAGUACUCCAUCAGUGUUGAAUCACCAAAAAAAUGUGUUACCAAUGUGGAUUUGCCAAGUCUGCAUGGUCACGAUAUUAUGGAACAUGAAAAUAAUUUUUUGGACCUUUCAAUUGGAACAGGCUCAAGUGGAGAUCUGGGGGAAACCGAAGUAGGUCUUCAAGUGGGGCACAGUAGGAAUUUUACUUUAUCUCCAGAAACUACGGAUUGUGAUUCAAACUGCGGAGAUUUAGAUAGCGAAGUCUCUUUAAUGUUGAUGGAGAAUGAUCUGGGACCGACUGGAGGGAUAAUCGGAUCUAACACAGAUGUAGUAACUCCCAAUGAUGCCUUAAGAUUGUAUUCCAGCAUGCCAGUACUCGAAGACGGCUUGUCGUCUGGUCACGCUAGCGAUACAGAUAACAACAACCCAACGGUUAUCCUUAUGAAGAAACAAAUAACUGAGAUAGAAAAGGAAAUAAACCAGGGCAUAUCUAGCUCGAAAUCUGCAAACAAACUCAAUGAAAAUGGUCUUUCCUCAGUAAACGAGGGUAUCAAUACCUCGACGGCCGAUAUAAAUAGUUGCAUUGGUAGUUUUGAGGAACCACUCAAUUUGUCUCAAACGGAGUCCAUUGAUAAAACUCCGCCGCCGCCCGCUCCUGCGCCUCAUCGAAUAAUUGGGAAUGAAAAAACAACCGACGUCGAAGCCGCGAUUAAAGAUAUCCGCCUAACUCUUCAGAGGACUCCUUUGCAAAGGCAUUCCGAUGGCAAUUAUUGCGAGGAAAGUGGCGGAAGCCCCGUUUGGGUACCGAGGCAGCGCGGUUUAUCCACUGCCAGCGGUGAUUCGGAUCGGAAGGGUAACAGUGGCGGCGAGGAAGAAGAAAAUGAUACGGACUUGGAAACUGAUAGGCUUUUGGGUCAAAAGAGGACAGACGAUCAAGGUUUCUUCGAUGACAAAGAGAAAGAGAACAAGAAAAAGGGACGAAACAAGGAAGACGUGAUACAGCGAUCGGUAUUAAUCGAAGGCGUGUUGUUUCGGGCUAGGUAUUUGGGUUCCACGCAGCUCGUAUGUGAAGGCCAGCCGACUAAAACCACACGAAUGAUGCAAGCGGAGGAGGCGGUUUCGCGUAUUAAAGCCCCCGAAGGGGAAAGCCAGCCAAGCACCGAAGUCGAUCUUUUCAUUUCCACCGAGAAAAUUAUGGUCCUAAACACGGAUCUGAAAGAGAUCAUGAUGGAUCACGCCCUGAGGACAAUCUCAUAUAUCGCGGAUAUCGGCGACUUGGUAGUGCUCAUGGCCAGAAGAAGGUUCGUACCGCACGAAAUGGAGGACGCGCCGAAAAUUAACAGAACCCCGAAGAUGAUUUGCUAUGUUUUCGAAAGCGAGGAGGCUCAAUUCAUAGCUCAAUCCAUUGGUCAAGCGUUCCAAGUCGCCUACAUGGAGUUCCUCAAAGCGAACGGGAUCGAGGACCACAGCUUCGUCAAGGAGCUUGACUACCAGGAGGUCCUCAACUCGCAAGAGAUCUUCGGCGACGAGCUGCAGAUGUUCGCGAAAAAGGGCAUGCAAAAGGAGGUGGUGGUGCCGAAAGCGAAGGGCGAGAUUUUGGGCGUGGUCAUCGUCGAAUCUGGUUGGGGAUCGAUGUUACCUACGGUGGUCAUCGCCAAUCUAGCCCCGGCCGGGGCUGCGGCCCGUUGCGGUCAACUCAACAUCGGCGAUCAGAUCAUCGCGAUCAACGGCGUGAGUCUGGUGGGGCUGCCGCUGUCUACGUGUCAAAAUUAUAUCAAAAACUCGAAAAACCAGACAGUUGUCAAACUGACGGUCGUUCCAUGCGCUCCUGUGGUUGAAGUGAAAAUCAAGCGGCCAGAUACGAAAUAUCAGUUAGGUUUCAGCGUUCAGAACGGAGUCAUAUGCAGCCUGCUUCGGGGCGGUAUAGCUGAAAGGGGCGGCGUUCGCGUCGGUCACCGCAUCAUCGAAAUCAACAAUCAGAGCGUGGUCGCCGUCCCACACGAAAAAAUCGUAAACUUGCUCGCCACCUCCGUCGGCGAGAUCUUGAUGAAAACGAUGCCGACCUCGAUGUUUCGCCUGUUGACCGGCCAGGAGAGUCCGGUUUACAUUUAAUUCACACCGACC